AUGGUCGUUCUACCCGAUCCCACAAGGUAAUGAUCCUGCAUCUCCAUUUAAUUUAUUCUCUCCCUUUCUUCUAAUCCCGAAAAACUCAUGACUAACAUCCCUCAAAGUGACAAAUGGCCAUUUUUCGGGCACGUGUAUUUACGACAAGAUAGUCUGGACUCCAUCUCCAGUUCUCGACAUCGACAUCGACCACGAGAUGAAACUCUUCGACUCUGGAACUACUAUCUACCCCUCAAACAUCAAAAGGAUCAAUUCAAGUUCGUGUUAUUUCUUCAACGUUUAAUAACCAUGGUAGAAGAAAAUUAUCGUCAUCGUCAUCGUCAUCGCCACAACCACAAAUGGAAAGUCAGUGCCCCAAUUGAGGAUUGGUAUCAUCAGAGUAUACGAGAUUUAUCAAAAUUGGGCGUGGAUGAGAAUUUGAUGAGUGGGGAGUGGAGGAAAGUGGUUCAGAGGGGAAAUAGGGAGGAAGCAAAACGAGAGCGCAGGGAGGCGGAGAAAGUACAUUUGGAGAGGAAUGAGAGGGAAAGGGAGAGGAGAUAUGUACGGCGUGGAUAUCAUGAAGGAGAAACUGGAAGAAGGAAGAGAAAGGAGUGUAGGGGUUACGAAUGUUCCGAAGAUGACACAUACAUCAAGCAACCCGCACCGCAAAAGGACAAAUCCUCAGCCUCGAAAGAAAAAGACUUUCCCAAAGGAACACCCAAAUGGGUAAUCUGCAGCCGCAACGCUAAUCACUGUCCCCGCACACACGAAAUGGUAAAAUGUAAUGGACGUUGCGGUCUCACAUCAUGCAGUGACAAAGCACAUCGUUGUCAUAAAAUAUAUAUCGAUUACGAGUGUUCUAAUCCCGAAUGUACGAAAUGUCAAACGGCCAAGGAGAAACAGGAGGAAAGAGAAAGGAAAGUUGCAAAUCCUAAGUUUGAGGAGAAAUGGGUAGAUUGUCCUUGUGAGGAUCCGUGGUGUAGGAGGAAGGUUUUGGAGAUUAAGGAGAUUGAGAUGCCGAAGCAAAAACUUUUUGUUACGAAGGUUUGA